AUGGUAGCGAAAGUUAAAGAAGAAAGAAUGGGACAUAAAAUUAAACCGGGUGAUAGUGAUAAAAUAGCAUUUUUAAUUUCUGAAGAACUGUUAAAUAUUCCAGAAUAUGCCCAUGUUAAAAACUGA